CCUGGUGGGUGGAGACUGAGGACAGCAUAGCAGGUGCACACCUGGGUGCAGCAGCCCUAGCCCUGUGUGGUCAGCUGCCAGGUGCCUGCGCCCACCAUGGGGCUGUCCUGGAAGGAGUGGAUCUUCAUGGUCCUCCUGGGGGUGGCCACAGCCUCGGGCCUCACUGUGCUUGUCCUUAUCCUGGUAGAGACGACCAGCAUCCUGCUACCUGCAGAAACCAAGUUCGGGAUCGUGUUCGAUGCUGGCUCCUCCCACACAUCCCUUUUUGUGUACCAGUGGCCAGCGGACAAGGAGAAGGACACAGGCGUGGUUAGCCAGGCUCUAGCCUGCCAGGUGGAAGGGCCCGGGAUUUCCUCCUACGCCUCAGACCCCUCGCAGGCGGGCGAGAGUCUGAGGGGCUGCCUGGAGGAGGCACUGGCGCUGGUGCCAGAUGCCCAGCACAGGGAGACGCCCACAUUCCUGGGGGCCACAGCUGGCAUGAGGCUGCUCAGACAGAAGAACAGCUCCCAGGCGGGGAACAUCCUCGAGGCUGUCUCCCAGGUCUUAGGCCAAUCUCCCCUGGAUUUCUGGGGUGCUGAGGUGCUGGCUGGGCAGGAUGAAGGAGCCUUUGGCUGGAUCACUGUAAACUACCUGCUGGGAAGGCUGAUCCAGUACUCCUCCGGACAGUGGACACAGCCUGCCGAUGGGAUGCUGCUGGGCACCCUGGACAUGGGGGGUGCCUCCACCCAGAUCUGCUUUGCUCCCAGUGGCCCCAUCCUGGACCAGAGCUCCCAGGCCACCUUCCACCUGUACGGUACCAACUACAGGGUCUACACGCACAGCCACCUCUGCUACGGGCGCGACCAAGUGCUGCUCAGGCUCCUGGCUGGGCUGCUACAGAGCAGCCCGGCCACUCUGCUGCGACACCCAUGCUACCACAGUGGCUACCAGACCACCCUGCCCCUGGCUGCCCUGUCUGAGUCACCCUGCAUCCACACCGCUGUGCCCCUGGACCCCACACAGAACCUCACAGUUGAGGGAACGGGCAACCCCGGGGCCUGUGUCGCAGCCAUUCGUGGACUCUUCAACUACAGCUGCCGGGACCAUGGAGACUGUGCCUUUGAUGGUGUCUACCAGCCCCCCGUGCAGGGCCACUUCUAUGCCUUCUCCAACUUCUACUACACCUUCCGCUUCCUGAACCUCACCUCCAGGCAGCCGCUGGGCGCUGCCAAUGCCACGGUCUGGAAAUUCUGUCAGAGGCCCUGGAAGCUGGUGGAAAACAGCUACCCUGGACAGGAACGCUGGUUGCCUGACUACUGUGCCUCAGGCCUGUACAUCCUCACACUGCUGAGGGAUGGCUACGGCUUCCAAGAGGAGAGCUGGCCCAGCAUAGAAUUCCAGAAGCAGGCCGGCGGGACAGACUUUGGCUGGACGCUGGGCUACAUGCUGAACCUGACUGGCAUGAUCCCAGCUGAGGCACCAGCUGAGGGGCGGGCACAGAGCUACGGGGUGUGGGUGGCUGGAGUGGCACUCGCUGUGCUGACUCUGCUGGCCAUUCUCGGGGCUGUCGCAGUCCAUCUCUUCUGGCUGCAAGACUAGGCCAGGCCUCACCAAAACAGACUGUGGGGGUCGCAGCUGGAAUCCGUGAGCAUCUGAGUCAUUCACACAUCGGUAGCCCAGUCAGCAGGCAGUGCUGGAGGGAGAAGCCUGGAUGUUCUGUGAACCUUGCUGUGGCUCCCUGGCCCUUCUCUGGGUCUUGGCCCCUCUCCUCCCAGCCACUGGGCAGCUGGAUGUUCUUGCACCAACUGACCAACCCUGAAGCGCCCCAAGGUAGCCUCUGGGACUCCUGUUCCCCUUGGUGAUCAGAGGACCUGCGGAAGUGGCACCACAGGCCAGCACGCCCUGCACCCUCCCAGGUGCCCAGCUGGUCCCUCUCCUGGCCAAGCCCACAACAUAGAACAAGUGGUGGUGUUGUUUUUAUUAAACCUUCUGCCACAAGAA